AUUGCGUCAGUGCGUCAGCGGUCAGCGUCACUAGUGAAGUAGUGACUAGUGACUGUAAAAAAAAUAGUCAGUUGUACUCAGUAGCAUAGAUUAAAGUAGUAUAUUUAAUCUGUCAGUAGGCACUACUCACUAUAAAAAAAAUAGUCAGUAGGAAGUGUAUAGGUCAUUAGGUCUGCAGCAUUGCUUAUUGUUACGUUCCAACAUAAAAUUUGUUACAGUACUUGGUUAAUUAAAAUGUCAAAUAUAAAAACAAAACCUUUUACAACCAAGUUAAGAAGUAAUGAAUCGUUAAAGUGUCACUCUCAAAAUCGAACAAAUUCUGAUUCUGGCUUGGAAGUAGAUUCUGUAGCAUCAGGAUCUUUACAGAUUUCAAAACCAUCAAUUACUUCUGAACCAAGUCGACAUAAAUAUGGAGGUAGAGGAAUGGCCAUUCAACAAUUAGCUGAAUCUCUGUCUUCAAAAGACAGAAUGAAAAAUUCAAAUUUGUGCUUUUCAAAUUCAAGCAUAGAACAGCAUUUUAAAAAUCUUAAAGCAGAAAAUGUAAAAAAACUUAAUGAAGAAAAUGAAAAGAUUUGGGGAAAAUUGAUACAUUCUAAUAAGAAUACAUAACAUUUUAAAGGCAUUUGAUAUGCAUUUGAAGAUAAUACUUGACGAUUUGCAGUGACUUUAAAGGACAAUAAAAACUAUACAACAUACAUAUACUUUAUUACUUUAUAAGAUAUAUAUAAGAUAUUUUCAUAAUUUCAAUAUGGGUACUGACUAAAUAGGUGAUUUUUGUUUAGGUAAUCAAAAUAUUUGUAAAAUAUUAUUUUUAUAAAAUUAUACUUACUACUUACUAUCAUUUUUUUAUUUUUGUGUGUAACAAAUUAAAUAUUACAAUUAAUUUAGUUCUAUUCGAUAACAUCAAAUUGAUUUAUACUAUUUUUCUUAUUUUAUUUCAUUGUUCAUUUUAAAUUAUUGUUAUAUUUUGAUUGGAUUUGUAAAUAUGACAAUUACCUACAUAAACAGUUACUCAAUUACCAAAUAAAUGUUCAUAUCUUUAGUCAAAAAUUAUUAUUAUAAUUUUUUUUUUUU